UUAUAAAAUCAAAGGGCGGGUAGUAUAAUAAAAUAAAUUUCUAAUGAGAUUUUGACAUUUGAAAUUAUUGGCAGUGAUAUUCUAAACUUUUGUGAAUUUAUUAGGAUUAUUUAUCAAUGCAAACGAAGAAAAAAAGGUUUACAAAAAACUUAAGAUUAUUGAGAAAUUACCGACAAACUGAGUUCCUAUUGUUUAGUUUAAUUUUAUUUAAAUGAUCAAGCGAACUUACCAACUGAUGUUCGAGCGAUGACUUAUAAAAACUGGUAUUUUGGCUUGCAGAAGAAAAAGAAAAUACCUACACCUCUCGCAGAAGUUUAUAACGCAUUAAACGAGUGACAGUGACAGUGACUAAUAUUUUAGUAUAAUCAAUACAGUUUGAAAUAUUCCGAUUCCCGCCUAUCAUGAAAAAUUUAUUGCGCAUGUAAGUUAAUACACACAAGGAUCCGGGAGCAGUAAGCAAGUAUAACGUCACUUCAUAGUUUCAUACGCGCUGCAACCUGCAGUCUGUUCUGGACUCUGAUCAACGAUGUCGGAAUUAACGCAUAUCAGUGCAAGACUCGCGCUAAAUGCAACAGAUCCCGAAAUAAUUUAUUCACCUUUGAUGUUAUCAAGUGCAUAUCCACGAGUCCAAAGAUUCAUGUUUGUGCUGCUCUGUUGUUUUAUUGGUUCGGUGCUAAAUGGAUUUUUCAUCGCUUCUGUGGUUAUGGCGGAUAUUAGACGGACAGUGGGGUAUAUACAUCUCCUCAUCGUGGGCAUGGCAGACUUCAUGGUCACAUUUUUGGUGAUGGGAACGAGUUCUGUAAUCCUGCUAUCCAACAAAUGGGACACGCCAAAUGUUUGCAAGGUAUUGCAAAUCAUAGUCGAGACGGCCCUCUACAUCACAAACGUGUCUUUUAUGCUAUUCGCGACGGAGCUUUUCAUCUGGAUUUCAGGAUCCAGGGCAUGCAUGAAAGUCAUUACCACGCGUCGCACAAAAAUUUUAAAUGUUGCGUCAGUUAUUGUUUCAUAUAUUUUAGCAUGCGUUGGCGUCUUGUAUGAUUUAGAUUAUGAUUACUGUAAUCGGAAGCAUUUUGGUAACAUUACCUUCAGGAUAUGGACGGCAACUCUGUUUUAUCUUAUUCCAGGGACAACUACUUUUAGUAAAUUGCUUGUUGGUGUAUAUCAAUUAAAAUAUAUCACACACACCGAUAUCCGAUUCAGACGUACGGCUUCUUAUCCUAACAUGUGUAGUUACACAGUGUUGGCAUUGAUUGCUUAUUUGACUUUCGCUCUGUCAUGGUUACCCUACCUUAUUUAUAUUACGUUAGAAGAGCCUAGCGACAGUCACUACUACUAUGCUAUAUGGUUUGCCCUCCUUCGACCGGUCUUUCAAAGUGCUAUAUAUUAUAUCGGCGACAAUUAUUUUCGGAAUAAUUUUAUUGUGCUGUUCAAUUACUUCUUCCGCAAACGCCCUCUGACGGUUCCAAGGAAUAGACGACGCAGUAGGGGCCAAGGCCGAAGUGUCCAGGCAAUCGAACUGAGGCGUCUCGCUGCGGGCAGAGGUCUCACACCUUUGACGCGCCCCAUUCUCGAGAUUACCGAGACUCGGAGUCUGUAAACAAUUCAAAUUUUGUUGUCCAAAAUAAAAAAGAAAGUCAAAUACGUGUUACGAAAAUAGAUUAAUUAAAAAAUUAAAUCCAAAAAAGUAUGAUAGAUUUAAAUGAUAAUUAAGAAAAAGUUUUGUCACGUGUAAAACAGAUAAAUAUUAUACAAUAAUAAAAAAGUAAAAUGACAAAAAUAUAUGAAUGUGUUAAUAGAUUCUACUAUUAUUAUACUACUUCUACCAGUUGUAUAUACUUAACACUAUUUUUUAAAUAUUUCUCAGUGUGAAUUAUUGGAAAUAAAAAUAUAGAUUUUAUUUCAGACUAUCCUACCCCUACCCUAAGUAUCCUAUGUCAAUCUUCUGGUUGUAAGCUACCAGCCGUUCUUGAGUUAUAAAUAAUGUAACUAACACGACUUUCUUUACUCAUUUCCGUCCGUCUGCACUCAGUUAAUUGAUGUAUCUACUGCUAUUAAUAUAAAUUAACGUAACUUAAAGUAUGUCAGGUAAUAGUUUUUUAAACAUCCCCAAAAACAAUUAAAACCUAGCGUGUACCAAAUAAUUCGAAUAGAAAAAUAUCUACCUUUUUUUACUUUUUGGGUUCCGUAGUCCAGAAGGAACCCUUAUAGUUUCGUCAUGUCCAUCUGUCCGUCCGUCUGUCCGCGGUUUAGCGCAGAGACUAUUAAUACUAGAAAGCUGUAGGUAUCCCUUUGUAAAAUAUUAAGCUUUAUAUAAUAAGAGCUAAUUUUUGUUAGUGUCCAGUGUCCCCACCCUCUACGGACUACACAGUUGUUUAUGGAUACAUAAAAAUCAUUAUAUUACAAGGAAAACUAUAACAGCUAUUUAGCAAUCGCUAUUUAAAAAGUAAAAUCGUCAACUUAAAAAUCGAAAAUUGCAUACUAAUUCCCUUGUUAAUUAAAAAGAUAAAGUUGUCAGUAAGAUAAUCCAGAGUUUGUUAAUACUAGAAAGAUAAAAUUUAGUAUGGGUAUGUAUAUUAAUUUCGUCUAUAAAAUUAAUUAAUAUUUAUAUAUCAACAAAUGUUGGUAUGCGUAAAUCCAAGUAUUUAUUUGUUAAAUAACAUAAUUACUGGAUAAUACAAUACCUAAUAAAAUAUAUAUGAAACACAAUAACUACAGUUAUAAGUUUGAUUGAAUUAGAUAAUUUAUAAUACCUCUUUGAACAGAGUUCGUUUAUGGGUAUUUCGAUACGAAUAAUUUAUACUACGCUUACUUGAGUUUUCGCAAAAUCGUUUUUUUAUGUCAAAUGUCUUAAAAAAAGGUUUUCAUAUUUAACUAGUGGACGUCCGCGACUCCGUCCGCGUGAAACUCGAUGUAAACUUUCAAUUACC